AUGGCCACAUUGGAGGACAAAAUCCUUGGUGAAAAACUGCAUAACUACUGCAGUAGCAGUGAGGAUGAGGGCUCUGAAGAUGAAGGGAGUGGAGAUGAAGAGAAGACUAUAAAAACAUCAGUCACAGCAGAGCCACCUCCUGUCAACAAUUGGAAUGGAUCUGCUAGCAAUACAGGACCCAAAGGUGUCCUUGAGGAUUGGCGAAGGUUUAAACAAUUAGAAGCAGAAAACCGGAAAGAAGUGGAAAGAGAGCGCAUUGCACUUGCCAAAAAACUUACUUUGACAGUCAAAACAGAAGCAGAAGAUGAUGCAGACAAGGAAAGAGAUGAAAUAGAAGAUGAACUAAAUGAAUUAAUUGAUGAAGGUUUUCUUAUGAAAUACCAACAACAAAGAAUGCAAGAACUUAUGGCUAAGUUACAGAAAGCUCCAAAGUUUGGUAAAGUGAUAACUUUGAAGAGCCAAGAUGAGUUUCUGAAUGCCAUUGACAAGGAAGACCCAAAAAUUGCAGUGAUAGUUCACAUUUACAGUGACAAAAAAAGAGCAUGUCAAACAAUGGAUGGUUGUAUAAAUGUUUUAGCAACCGAGUAUCCUACAACUAAGUUUUGUCGCAUUGCUGCUGAUAUCACUGGUUUAAGCCGUCAUUUUCGUGUUGACGGAGUACCAGCAUUACUGGUGUAUAAAGGUGGUCAGGUUAUUGGUAACUUUGUUCAACUUGCAACAGAAUUAGGUAAUGAUUUUUUUGCUACUGAUGUAGAAAAAUUCCUCAUAGAAUUUGGAAUGCUCCCAGAAAAUUAA